AUGUACACCCUACCCCAUGCCACCACAUCCCGAGAGCGGAUCACCUCACCCAUCAUAUUCAUCCCCUCUCACGAGCCACUAAGCACCACGCUCACCAUCGCCCAGCUCGCAGAACUUCUCCCAACGCUGCACAUCUACGUUGAACCCUCGCACCCCAGCGUCGCCAUUCUUCCCGCUGCGGGCAUUAGCUACACGGGCCUCCAAAGCGCCCUACGCUGGCGCGAAGCAGAAUUCUACCAGCCAGGGGCCGGCCAGGUAAGUACGCUGGUGGAAAUGGUAGAGAUUUACCAAGCCCUCUCCUUCCUCGGCAACAAGCCCAUCAGCCGCAGCCUUUGGCUCCUGCAUAAGAUGAUCCAGCGGGAGAUCAAGCAGGGCCUCGCGCUCGAAGAGUACCAGGAUAUCUGGGCAUUGCGGCAUUUCCCUUUCACAGAGUGCUUUGUCAAAGCUAUCAUCACACGGAUUGCUAAGAUGGGCGCUGCGCUUGUCGAUGUCGCGGACAAGCCGGAAUUCCAGCAGAUGCUGGAGCGUGAUGAAGUGUUGCAGUCACGGAUUGAGGCGAGUAUGCAGAUUCUUAGCUGGGUUAAUCGGGAGGAGGGACUGAGGGGGAAGGUGGAGAGGAUGCGUGAACGGUUGGAGAGGGAGGAGCAUAGGGCGAGGCGGAUGAGCGCGAAGGGUGAGUUUGCGAUGGGGUUGGCGACUGUGUUGGAGUGA